GGACGAGGCGACUGCGCAGGGGCGGCCGGCUGGGUUCCGUGCGUGGCUCCGUGGUCACGUGACCCUCCGACCCCCGCCGUCCCGCGCACCCAUGGCGGCCGUCUGGGCCCUGAUGGCACCCAGGCUGGCGGCGGCCUCCGCGCUCGCGCCGCUCCCCGGCCUGCGGCCGCUGCCCGCCAACACUCGGACGCCCUCCCCGCGCGCAGCCCUGCACGGCUCCGCGCCGCGCCCCGGGCCCAAGGUCGCGCUGGUGCUGUCGGGAUGCGGAGUCUACGACGGCACGGAGCUCCACGAGGCCUCAGCGAUACUGGUUCACCUGAGCCGUGGCGGUGCUGAGGUCCAGAUCUUUGCUCCUGACGUCCCUCAGAUGCACGUGAUUGACCACACCAAGGGGCAGCCUGCUGAGAGUGAAACCAGGAAUGUUCUGACUGAGUCGGCAAGGAUCGCCCGCGGCAAGAUCACUGACCUGGCUAGACUCAGCGCGGCCAACCACGACGCCGCCAUCUUCCCCGGAGGCUUUGGAGCCGCCAAAAACCUGAGCACGUUCGCCAUAGACGGGAAGGACUGCAAGGUCAACAAAGACGUCGAGCGUGUCCUGAAGGAGUUCCACGAGGCCGGGAAGCCCAUCGGAACGUGGAUCCGCAGCUGUGGUGUGCCCCAUGAGAGCAGAACUCCCGCCAGGCAGCCGUCUCUCCCGUCACACGGGUCAACCAAGCACACGUUCUGUCAAACAGCCGGGUUCCGUUGGUCGGUUCCUGGACACGUGCUAAUACGAACUCAAAAGAAGCUGACGGAAGCCGUGGUGUAAACGCGGAUCCUGUGCCGCAGGAGACCCCAGCCGCUGCCGAGAUGGAAACCAGGGAGAUCCUGCGUGGGACGCCUGCCUUUGAGACAAACUGGCAGCGCCGGCUCAGACCGCACGCCCUGUGCCCGCGCUCGGCUGUCGGCAGUGCGCUGCGUGCGGAGCUAAAAGGGCGAGCUCUUUGUGAGAGCAGGGAGCGGUGGAAGGCCCGUGUUCCCUGGUGAGUGUGAGUGUGUGGAUACAUGCGUGUGAGUGUGUGUGAGUGCAUGCACGAAUGAGUGUGUGUUUGUGUGUGCGUGUUGUGAGUGAACUGACCUCCGGAGUUCAGCCUUGGGGAAUUGUUAAAUAAGAAGCAAGUAUGGAUCAGCUACAACACGGCGAAGUCCAUUCACCACUAAGGUCAAACUUCCCUGUGUAUUGAGUGAAUAGAAAGGACUUUGCUGGUCCGGAACCCGGGGCGAGAGGGAGGGCAGGUUCGUUUUGCUGGCAGGGUGUAGAAAAUAUGACUCUGUCCAGGACGGCUUGAAGAGGUGGCCAUGCAGGAGAUGUCGCCCCGCACCUGCGGGCAGCAGAGCCUCUGGCCAGCUGGGCCGUCGCGCUUUUCCUCCUGGCCUGAGCCACACCCUUGGAGGGGCGCUGGGAACAGCUGAGAAGGUGCCCCCUCUGCGUGUGCAGUUAGUGUGUGUGCUGCCCUCUCUUUGCCGUGACUUGGGCUCCCCCGGGGUCUGGCUCCCUGGCCCAGAGCAUCCUGGGCCCUCCCACCACCUCCCUCUGCACCUCGGGAGCUCAGACCAUGCGUGGUCCACAGCCAGGUUCGCUCUUAGUGGGCACGCAUGCAGGCCGGCCAGAGACGCUGGGGACAGGGGCAGGGACCACUCUAGUCUUCUCCAGAAUGUGAAAGUUGGAGCUCUGGCACCUGGUUCCUACCUGUGCCCCUGGGAAAGUGUUCUGUACUUCUGUGCCCUCAGAUGAAAGGCCGCUGGCCCAGAGAGCCCCCCUCUCCUGCCCCUUGUCCCCCCAGGUUCUCCUGGCCGGUGGUUCAGCCUCCUCCACCGCAUGAUCACCUGUGUCACAGGGCAUUAGGUGUGGAUGCAUCUCCUGUACCCACUGCCUGCGUCCCGCAUCCCGGCACAGGGAACCUGGCAUGCUGCUGCUUCUCUUCCUCCCCUCCUCCUUAGAGGUUUUAUUAAAUAACAACUGCACUUACUCGUAAAACGAAAACACAACCACAAAGGAAUCUGUAGGGCUUACAGAGAAAAGACGCUCCCAUUGCCCCCGCCUCCCGCUCCGGUGCCGGCCCACUGAGGCGCCACCUCCAGCUCCUUUGGCUGUUGUUUCCAGGGUCCCCUCUGCUAGUCUUUGUGUUUUUUUCAUCUUCAAAUACUUUUCUGUUUAACUGGAGAGGUUUGCUGCAAACUCGCACAAAAUCUGGUUGUAAUAGGCUAACAGCCCGCAGAAGUGUCCACACCCUGAUCCCUGGGACCUGGGACUGUGUUACCUUACAGGGUAAAAGGGACGUGGCCGACGGGACUGAACUAAGGAUCUGGAUCGGGGGGAUGAUCCUGGAUCGUCGGGGGGGCCCAGGGUCAUCAUUAUAAGAAGGAGGCGGGAGAGUCAGAGCCAGAGAGAGAAGACGUGAUGAUGGAGGCAGAGGCCAGAGAGGGGAGAGAUGGUACGCUGCUGGCUUUGAGGAUGGAGGGAGAGGCAUGAGCCAAGGAACGUGGUGCCUCUGGAGACUGGAGAAGGCAGGAAACAGGUCCUCCAGGAGGAAGGCAGCCUGCUGACCCCUCAUUUAGGCCACUGACAUUGACGCCGGACGUCUGACCUCCAGAACUGGGUGAUGGUUGGGACCUUUGUCCUGUUUUAAGCCACUACAUUUUGAUAAUAUAUUAGAGCAACAGUAGAAACUAAUGCACUGUCAUCAAAAUUUCCAUGAAACACGCUUAAGCAGUGUGAGAACGAAGAUAUUUGUGUAUUACAUUUAAGAAAAGCCAAAUAGAAAGAACGAUUUAAGUAGUAUCCUAAUAAACAGCUGCAAAUACAUCUUAACAAAUGGAGAGGCCUCCAUCCAGAAACUUGACGCUGAUAUUUAUGUUGCCACUUAAAAGAGUAAGAUGAUCUAUCUCCAUUUUAGUUGCAUUGUUAGGGAGGUUUCAACAUUGUGUUCUUGCUGGCAGCUGCAGCAUAAACACAUCUAUCCACGCCCUCGCAGCUGGACUCUGAGUGUCCAAGAAAAAUGGGCUCCUGCUGGCUUCUGGUGUGGCGGAACGGUCACUCAGAAACACUUGGAGACUGCGCGACGUGGGCAGCAUGGGUGGGGGGCGAGGAGAACUGAAGGAGGAGAAGCCCCCCUUUCCUUCCUGUCUGCCUUCAUGUGGUUGGGGUUGGGGGAGUCCCCAGAAAAUGAAACCAACAUGAUGCAGGGUGCUCUGCACCCCGAGUCGGGACCAUGAGGAGGCAUGGGGAGCCCUGACCCCUGGAAGAGGCGCCCAGAUCUGUAACAUUCUCAUCCUCUCUAAACCUGCAGAGGUGCUCCCCAAGGUGGGCGGGCGUCCUGCUCACACGGGGAGCGACUCCGUCAGCAGCACCAGGAGCCGAGGGUGUUCAUGCCAUGGAGCGAAGUCAACCCAAGUUCCACUGAUGGCUUUUUUUUUUUCUUGUAGAAUGUGAAAUUCCCUUGGAAUGCUGUUUUUUGUGGUGAGAUUGGGUUUAAUUGUUACCAUUCCUCCUGCUUCUUACAAGAAAAACAAAAUUAAUCCAUGGUAGCCUAGAAAAUAAAUAUGAAAAUUUCACACAGACUGUUGAGAAAGAAAAUGUCCCCAGACCAGGCCUGGGGCAGAACGUUACUUCUCGUGCUGUCCUUUAGACGCCCUUCUAGAGAGAGCCCAGCUCCUGACAAAAUGCACAUUUUGUAUGAAUUUUGAUGAGAAAUGAGAUUCUCCGCAACCGGGAGACCGUCCGCCCGCCCUAGAGCCCAAGGCCGCUCAGCCUGGUGGGAGGCCUCUGUUUACUUGUUUCAUUUUAAUUUAGUCUGACAGCGGUCAUGUAACCAUCCUUUGUUCUUUUCUGUGAAAUGUGUCUGCCAAGAAGAACGCGCGAACCGGCUUUCGUUAAAUGGACGCUCUUGCUGGCCAAAUAGAAAUGAAACUUUGCGGCGGGCUCCUGAUCCAUUCAUCGGAGAAGCAGCAUAAACACCUUAUUUCGGUCUGAGAUAAUCAAUGUCAUUUUUUUUUAUGGUGUGACAUUUUUAUUUUUAUUUUUUUUCCCCAGCUUUAUUGAGAUACAAUUGACACAGGCAUUGUAUGAGUUUAAGGUGUACACCGUGUUGAUUCGAGACAUUUAUUUAUUCUAAAAUGAUCACCCCCAUUGCGUUAGCUCACACUCCGUGACGUCACAUGAUUGGCAUUUCUUUCUUGUGAUGAGAACAUUAAGGGUCUACUCUCUUAGGCACUUUCAAGAACACAAUAGGGCAUUGUUAACUAUAGUCGCCGUGCUGUACGUUAUAGCCCAGAACUUACUCAUCUUAUAACUGGAAGUUUGUACAUUUGGACCAACGUCUCCCCAUUUCCCCUACCCACCAGCCCCUGGUAACCGCCUUUCUACCCUUGGUGUCAUUUAAUAAAAGAUUUGGACAGGGGCCAGCCUGGUGGCGCAGGUGUCAAGUCCACGCACUCCACUUCAGUGGCCUGAGGUUCAUGGGUUCGGAUCCCGGGUGUGGACCUACACACCAUUCCUCUAGCCAUGCUGUAGAAGGCAUCCCACAUAUAAAGUAGAGGAAGAUGGUCACAGAUGUUACCGCAGGGCCAGUCUUCCUCAGCAAAAAGAGGAGGAUUGGCAGCAGAUGUUAGCUCGGGGCUGAUCUUCCUCAGAUAAUCAGUAACUAAAUAAAUAAAAGGAUGCACAGCUGGGGACUCUGUUGACCAUCCACUAAGGCACCCCUCUGACGCGUUAGGGGGCUACACGGGACCUGGAGGAGGCGCGGGCCCUCUGAGGACACACUGUUGGGAGUGCAUGAGGGCAUCACUCCCAACCACGGCACAGGGAGCAUGCCACCCGGGUGAUACCAUUUUUAGACCUUAUUUACUGACUUCUUGUUAUGAAUGGGUAGAUUUUAGCUCUUUUACAGCCUAAUUUCUCCUCUUCAUCUUCUCAAUAUCAUGAGUUUUAAUCAACAAACAGUGUUUAUGGUAUUUUGAUGGAAUAAAUGCAGCCUAGAGCAAAG